GACGAUCGAUUGACAAAGAACGAGAGAAGCGAACUCAACGAUCCAAAAUGGAUCUUUGAUGAGCAUCAUCAGCAAGUACUGUUGCUUCUGUUGUCGUCAAAAGAGAUACGGGUACUUUGAUUGAUUUAGUUUUUGGAAUAGAAGAGUACUGUUUGAAAAUGAUGGCAUCACGGGGUCGUCUUCCUGCUCUGUAUCUCUCGAGUGCAACCAAACGACAAACGAUACGACAAUCUACUAUCAUUUACAACGUCAACAUCAACACAAGAGUGGUCAGCACAAAUACAAGUACUGCGUCUACCUCAACUGCUACUUCUAGUACUAGUGGUAGUAAUGACAGUCAAACUCUCCAGUGGAAGAGUGUCGCUCUGUUUGGUGCAGGAAUCGCCGUGGGCAGCCUCGUCACUUCUCAGCUGUCUCCGUCCACUUCUUCUCAGGAACCUCCCAUUCAAUAUCCGUCGGGAAUGCCACGUGCUUGUUCUUGUGAAUCCAACAACGAUACUAAUGACAACAACAACAACAACAAUAGUAAGGAAGCAAUCCAUCCGUCCUACCGCAAUUUAACGCAAGCCCAACAAGACUUACCCGCCGUCUUGGCCAAGAUUGUGGGACCCGAAAAUGUCCUUGAUGGAACGGCCGCAACACCCACUACCCAAACAACGCCCUUUCUCAAAGGCAUGCGAUUGGGACAAGGUCCUUCCUUGGCCAUUGUCACGCCACGACGACUCGCUCAUGUCUACGAAAUAUUGCCGCAUAUUUUAAAUGCCAACUGUGUCAUAUUACCACAAGGACAAAAUACCGGAUUGACGGGAGGAUCGACACCGCGCAGCAAUUCUACUAAUAGCGACAGUCGACCCACGGUCGUCAUUUCCUUGAAAUACAUCGAUACGAUUAUUCCACUCGAUGGCGGCAAGCGCGUGCUCUGUUUGCCGGGCGUUGGAUUGGCAUCGCUCGAUCGAUUCUUGCAGCAGCAUUUUCCCGACCGCGAAUCGCAUGCCAAUUUGGGAUCUACCUUUUUGAAUCCCACUACCGCGGCGGGUAUUGCCUUGGGGUCGGGUGGUACGCAAUGUCUUCGUAAAGGACCUGCAUUUACGACACGAGCGCUCUAUUUGCGCAUUUCACAAGAUGCCAAAUGGAAACAACCCGUCGUACAAGUUGUGAAUACACUCGGCAUUAAGCAAUUCACAACCCAAAAGCCCAUUGUCGGGUCGGAUUCCAAACAUUACAAUGCCGUUUACAAACUCGAUGCUUACACGGAAACCAUCAAACGAGGAUAUCAUUAUCCACAAAUGUGUCACACCGAUGCCAAUUGUCACGAUCCAGCGCACAAUCACAACUAUCCACACGAUUUGUGUCACCACAAUGAUCAAGUCACACGGUUCAAUGCCGAUACGCACGGCAUUGACUGUAAUCGAUCCGAAGGCAAAGUGGUCAUUUUGGCGACCAUUCACGAUACAUUUCCCAAACCAAAAUCGCGCAAAUCCUAUUGGAUUGGAUUUGCGUCCAUGGAGUUGGCAUUGGAAUUUCGACGGACGGUUGCCUUACAAAAUCCACACGAUUUGCCACUUGCCGUCGAAUACGUCGAUCGCGAUGCCUUUGAUGUCAUGGAUCAAGCGGGACGCGCCAUGGCGACCAUUAUUUCCUGGUUGGGAAGUUCCUCCCAAUUGGUGCAAACACUGUGGCAUGUCAAACUGUAUCUGGAAUCACUGCCGUUCCAGAGUGCUCCCAUUUGGAUUGAUACACUCUUGUAUAAUGUCAAUAAUUUGUUUCCUUCGGUACUCCCGUCGGCUGUUCGACAGACCGGUACCACCAUGGAUCAUCACGUCGCCAUGACGGUGGGAGAUUUUGGGGACGGCGGAAUGGAACAGUUACUGGCGCGACUCGAUGCCUUUUGCAAAAGACAUGGACCCGACAAGAUCGUCGUUCACGAUUGUUCCAAUGCCACGGCACAAUUGGAUGCCUUUCGAUUCGUCGCCGCACCGGCGUUUCGAACGUGGUGUGUCGGUAAUCGCGUGCAAGGAUUCAGUGUCGACUAUGUCUUGCCCAAAAAUGCCGGGCAAGCGCCGGUCCUUUCAAAGAGCCCGUUGAAACGCAUGCGCUACUCCCAUUUUGGAUGCAACGUCGUUCACGAAGAUUUGGCGUAUGCGCCCGGAGUCGAUCUGGAAGAUGCCAAGCAUGCUCUCAAAGACACGGUGGAACGAGAGUGUGGCGGCAAAUUGCCCGCGGAACAUGGACAUGGUACCGAAUAUCAUGCACCACCGGAUACACAACAACGAUGGCAAGCCAUGGAUCCCAUGAAUGUACUCAAUCCGGGUGUGGGCGGUCUUUCGACCGAACCAGGGUAUGGUAAAUAA